UAUUGCAAUAUACUUUAGAAUCUUUUUUUUUUUAAUUUCAAUUAAUCUUUUUCAGGCAAGGUCUAGCUGGGCUGAAUCUGACCCCGGUUAAAAUCUGGGCUCGAUCUCAUAGACCUUGCCAUUUCUAGAAACUUUGUUCUUAAAAAUUUAUAAAAUUAAAUUUACAAAAAAAAAAAGGAAAGAAAAAACAAAAAAAAAGAGCAAAAAAAUAUACUUGGACCAAUGGCGUCGAAGCUCAAUUUGGCCCUUCUUAUGAUAUCUUUCUGCAUGCUGGUUCCAAGCUUGAAGGCAGAGACACAAAAUGACACCCUCAACAUUGCUGAGUUCGACUCUGUAUGGCAGCAACGAGCCCUGAAAGCUCAGAAGGCAGCUCUCAAGGCCUACCAACCCAACCCGGAACAAGUAACCGAGGACUUCAACGAAAGCGUUGAAAUGACCAUCAUUGAGGACGACCACGACGAUGAUCAUGCUGCGGGCAACAGCACAGGGAGGCAUCUGUUAGGCAAACGUUACACGGGCCCUUGCAAGGCCACAAACCCUAUCGACCGCUGCUGGCGGUGCCAGGCCAACUGGGCUGACAACCGCAAGCAUCUGGCCAGCUGCGUGAAAGGCUUCGGCCGCAAGACACGCGGAGGCAAGAAAGGGGCUUACUACAUCGUCACCGACUCUUCCGACGACAAUAUCCAUGACCCUAAGCCCGGAACCCUACGUCACGCCGUGAUCCAAAAGCAACCCUUGUGGAUCAUAUUUGCACGCAGCAUGGUCAUCAGGCUGACCCAGGAGCUCAUAGUAACAAGCCACAAGACAAUUGACGCACGCGGGGCAAAUGUGCAUAUUGCUCAUGGCGCUGGGAUCACACUCCAGUUCGUGCAGAACGUGAUUAUUCAUGGCCUCCACAUCCACGACACUGUACCGGGCAAUGGAGGUAUGAUCAGGGACUCCGUGGAUCACAUCGGGAUUCGCACGCAUAGCGACGGAGAUGGUAUCUCCAUCUACGGAUCGUCUAACAUUUGGCUCGACCAUCUUUCUAUGUGGAAUUGCGCCGAUGGGCUCAUCGACGCCAUUCAAGGGUCCACUGCUAUAACCAUAUCCAACAGCCACUUCACCCGUCACAACGACGUGAUGCUUUUCGGAGCUAGCGAUGGGUUUUCUGGGGAUGCAAUCAUGCAGAUAACGGUUGCAUUUAACCAUUUCGGCAAGGGAUUGAUACAGAGAAUGCCAAGAUGCAGAUGGGGAUUUAUCCAUGUUGUGAACAAUGACUACACACAUUGGCUCAUGUAUGCCAUCGGAGGAAGCUCUCACCCCACAAUUAUCAGCCAGGGCAACCGAUUCAUCGCCCCACCGAACCAGGCUGCAAAAGAAGUGACGAAGAGAGACUAUGCACCGGAGAGCGUAUGGAAGAGCUGGCAAUGGAGAUCAGAAGGAGAUCUUAUGAUAAACGGAGCAUUCUUUGUUCAAUCUGGUGUGCCUAGCAAGAACCAUGGAUUUGGAAGGUUAGACGUCAUGAAGGCAAGGCCAGGUACAUACGUCACAAGGCUCACACGCUUUGCAGGUUCUCUCAACUGCAAGGUUGGCCACCCAUGCUAGAACAAACAUAAAAGAGCUAACUAUAUAUCAAUGGUGAUCAAAUGGAUAGGCGGCCGGCCGGUGCCGGAAGGUGAAGUGUGAUAACUGAAGAGAAACAAAUGAAGAAGUGAUGGUGAAGUGCAGAGAAAUGUGGAUAUGGAUUCUUUUACUUGCUUGUUUUUUUUUUUUUUUUUUGUGUUUUAAUCUAUAUUAUGUAUUAACAAACCCAAGGGUUAUGUUGUAGUAGUA